AUGCAGCUUCAUUUUCCAAAGGAACAUGUGUGUGAAGUGUGUGGGAAAAGCUUCUCACUGAAACAGCAUCUGAGCAGGCACCAAAAACAACACCUGUACCCAUGCAUCCGUCUGUACAAGCAGGGAGAGGCCAAGCUGCAGUGUACGGAUGGAUCUGCAUCGUCUCAGAAGAGCAUCCUGUCCUUUGUCAAAGCUGCUGGUACUUACACCCCUCCUCUGCCCCAGUCUCCCCUUCCUUGUGCCCGUGUGCUGAGGCGUGCGCACAUGAUCAUGGAGAUGGAGAAGAUGUCUGGAGAAAUCCUCUGCAUUGAUGGCACAAAAAAGGUCCUUAAGAAGAUAUAUGGUGAUGGCCGGGGCACCAUGCAGUAUAUCACCAGUGUGCUGAACGAGUGGGGCCAGUUCUUGACCACAGUGGUGGUGGCAGCUGAGUCUGAGGGGUGCUACAGACGUAUGGCCAAAGGUCUGAUGGCCCACUUUGAACGAGCUAGGGCUCCUGCACCUGCUGUCAUAUAUGCAGAUAACAACUGUUGUCGUGCUUCGUCCUUCCUGGAGAAUCUGUUCAGGGACUGGGUGCAGAAGGGCACUGUGAUCAGACUGGACAUCCGACACUGGCAGCACCGCUGGGAUGCUGUUGUCAUCAAACAGAGCCAUGCCAACUAUGGGUUGUUUAUGAGUGCCCUUGCAGGUGCAGUGCUGGCCUACAACAAGAACGAUAUGAUGCUCCUCAACUGCCCAAUCUGAAUGCCAAGGCUAACUACAGGGCAACCGUAAUGCCAAAGGUGAAACCCCACCAACGAGUGCUGUCAGAAGAACCAAUGCCAGCAGCUCCUACUCUGUCAGAAUCCCUUCCAGCUCCAGAUCGACCUCAGGUUCAGUACCAGAGCCUAUGUCAUGCAGCUGGGAAAAGGCAUGAUCAGAAGCGGAGGAUAGAUGUGGAAGAGUUUGUGAACCGGCCCAUUCAACCUAAAC